AUGCGAGGCGAGAUAGAGUGCAAGGCACCAGGCCUGACUCCUCUUCGCCGACGGGCUCUAGAUCGGCUGAGAACAUGGCCGGCCCAUGAGUUCCUGCAUGUCAAGCGAGACUGGAACCAGAGCGCGGACAGGUUAGCCAACACCGCAUUACACCAGCAAGAAGGCACAGUAGUUACCUCGGAGGCAGACCACGACGAUUUGGUUGUCCUCAACCGACUCCAGAAGCUCCUACUCCCGAAGGACGAAGGGUCUGUCGUCCGGAUGGCCGCGACGACUCGAUCGCGAACACGCUCGAAGAACUCGGCGGAGGUGCUACAACUAGAUGUGGUUCAACGCAUCAGGACGGAUCGGGUUCUGCGAGCACAGAACGAAGAAAAGUGGAUCGUAAACCUCAGGGCGUACCUGUCAGGCGACUUGGAGAGCCUAGAUGCUGGCGCUUGCGGUAAAAUCGCGGGCGACUACGAUGUGGACGAAGGUGGGCUGCUCCUCUACUGCAGCCGUCCGACAUCCACGCUGACUAACCGCGAAGCAGAUCGCGUAGACUUCGACGAAGAUGUGCGCUCGAGCAAGAACACUCGAUACGGUCGUACACGACGCGAAUUCCUGGUCUUCUGGAAGGGCUACGACGAGCCGUCGUGGGUCGAUGAGAUCGAUCUCAAUUGUGGAGCAUUGCUAAGAGACUUCGAUCGGGGACGGACAGAUCGAAACCGUUUCGAGGAGAUGCAGUCGCAUGAGGAGUAA